AAUGGGGCUGAAGCGACUGAGUCCGCGAUGGAGAGAGAAAAGGAACAGUUCCGCAAACUCUUUAUUGGUGGCUUAAGCUUUGAAACCACAGAAGAAAGUUUGAGAAACUACUACGAGCAAUGGGGAAAGCUCACAGAUUGUGUGGUUAUGAGAGAUCCUGCAAGCAAAAGAUCAAGAGGAUUUGGUUUUGUCACUUUCUCGUCCAUGGCUGAGGUUGAUGCUGCCAUGGCUGCAAGGCCUCAUUCCAUUGAUGGCAGGGUAGUUGAACCAAAACGUGCUGUAGCAAGAGAGGAGUCUGGAAAACCAGGAGCCCAUGUGACUGUGAAGAAGCUGUUUGUUGGUGGAAUUAAAGAAUAUACUGAGGAAAAAAACCUUAGAGAUUACUUUGAAGAAUAUGGGAAAAUUGAUACUAUUGAAAUUAUUACUGAUAGGCAGUCUGGAAAGAAAAGAGGCUUUGGAUUUGUUACUUUUGAUGACCAUGAUCCUGUGGAUAAAAUUGUAUUGCAAAAAUACCACACCAUCAAUGGCCAUAAUGCAGAAGUUAGAAAGGCAUUGUCUAGACAAGAAAUGCAAGAAGUCCAAAGUUCCAGGAGUGGAAGAGGAGGAAACUUCGGAUUUGGAGAUUCUCGUGGUGCUGGUGGCAAUUUUGGACCAGGACCAGGAAGCAACUUUAGGGGGGGAUCUGAUGGAUAUGGAAGUGGACGAGGAUUUGGAGAUGGCUAUAGUGGGUAUGGAGGAGGACCUGGAGGUGGCAAUUUUGGAGGUAGCCCUGGUUAUGGAGGAGGAAGAGGAGGAUAUGGUGGUGGAGGACCUGGAUAUGGCAACCAGGGUGGGGGCUACGGAGGUGGUUAUGACAACUAUGGAGGAGGAAAUUAUGGAAGUGGAAAUUACAAUGAUUUCGGAAAUUAUAACCAGCAACCUUCUAACUAUGGCCCAAUGAAGAGUGGAAACUUUGGUGGUAGCAGGAACAUGGGAGGACCAUAUGGUGGAGGAAACUAUGGUCCUGGAGGAAGUGGAGGACGUGGGGGCUAUGGUGGGAGGAGCCGAUACUGAGUUUCUUCUUACCAUGGGCUUCACUGUAUAAAUAGGAGAGGAUGAGAGCCCAGAGGUAACAGAACAGUUUCAGGUUGUCGAAAUAACAAUGUUAAGGAAACUCUUAUCUCAGUCAUGCAUAAAUAUGCAGUGAUCUGGCAGAAGACACCAGAGCAGAUGCAGAGAGCCAUUUUGUGAAUGG